AUGAGCAGCAUUCCAGCCGGCACUGACCCCGGGUCGUGUGGUGCCAAUUUCAAGAACGACCGCAAGCGCAGGGACAAAAUCAACGACCGCAUCCAGGAACUACUCAGUAUCAUCCCCAAGGGUUUCUUCAGGGACUAUUACGGCAACUCGGGCAGCAACGAUACGUUAAGUGAGUCAACUCCCGGUGCCCUUGGCCUGUCCAGCAAGACCAAGGGGACCGGAACCAAGGAUGGCAAACCCAACAAGGGCCAGAUCCUUACGCAGGCGGUGGAGUACAUCUCGCACCUACAGAACCAGGUGGAUAUGCAAAACAGAGAGGAGGUUGAACUCAUGGUGAAGGUUACGCAGCUGGCCAAGCAGACGGGCACCAUCGUCAACGACAUCAAUCUGGAGAACACCAGCGCUGAAGUCGCACUGUCCAGAAUUGGCGUAGGACCCCUGGCCGCAUCGAACGACGACUCUGUAAGACCGCCGGCAAAGAAGUUGAGCUCUUUCGAGUAUGGAGGAUACGGCGAGUAUGGCGAUGGUACCUAG